UCUGGAAUCGAGCUGUUUGUGAACAGGCUUGACUCGGUAGAGUCUGUCCUGCCCUACGAAUAUACUGCGUUUGAUUUUUGUCAAGCAGAAGGAAAGAAGCGUCCAUCUGAAAACCUUGGCCAAGUGUUGUUUGGAGAGAGGAUAGAACCGUCUCCUUACAGGUUCACAUUCAACAAGAAGGAGACAUGUAAAUCUGUUUGUACAAAAACAUACGAUACCACAAAGCCAGAAGAUAAACAGAAAUUAGACUUUUUGAAAAAAAGCAUGCUACUGAAUUAUCAGCAUCACUGGAUUGUGGACAACAUGCCUGUGACCUGGUGCUACGAUGUGGAGGAUGGGCAGAGGUUCUGCAAUCCUGGUUUCCCUAUCGGCUGUUACAUCACCGAGGACGGACGGCCAAAGGAUGCCUGUGUUAUCAAUUCAGAAUUUCAUGAGAAGGAUACCUUUUAUAUCUUCAACCAUGUCGACAUAAAAAUAUAUUACCAUGUUGUGGAAAAUGAAGCUCUGGGAGCAAGGCUGGUUGCUGCUAAACUUGAACCAAAAAGUUACAAGCAUACUCAUCCAGACAACCCUGAUUGCUCAGGAGUACCUAUGGAUAUUAGUAAUAAGGCUAGUGGAGAAGUCAAAAUUGCUUACACAUACUCAGUUUCUUUUCAAGAAGAAAAAAGUAUCAGGUGGGCAUCAAGAUGGGAUUAUAUUUUGGAAUCCAUGCCUCACACUCACAUCCAGUGGUUUAGUAUUAUGAAUUCCUUGGUGAUUGUGCUCUUUCUGUCUGGAAUGGUAGCUAUGAUUAUGCUGAGGACACUGCAUAAAGAUAUUGCAAGAUACAAUCAAAUGGAUUCCACUGAAGAUGCUCAAGAAGAAUUUGGCUGGAAACUGGUUCACGGUGAUAUUUUCAGGCCCCCAAGAAAAGGAAUGCUGUUGUCAGUUUUUCUAGGCUCUGGCACACAGAUCUUAAUAAUGACUUUUGUUACCCUGUUUUUUGCUUGCCUGGGAUUUUUGUCACCUGCUAACCGUGGAGCUCUAAUGACCUGUGCUGUGGUUUUGUGGGUACUGCUCGGAACUCCAGCUGGUUAUGUUGCUGCCAGAUUCUACAAAUCAUUUGGAGGUGAGAAAUGGAAAACAAAUGUCCUGCUGACAUCAUUCCUUUGUCCUGGAAUCGUCUUUGCGGAUUUUUUUAUCAUGAACCUCAUUCUGUGGGGAGAAGGCUCUUCAGCAGCUAUUCCCUUCGGUACUUUGGUUGCUAUCCUGGCACUCUGGUUUUGCAUAUCUGUGCCACUGACGUUUAUUGGUGCCUAUUUUGGGUUUAAGAAAAACGCUAUCGAACACCCUGUUCGCACAAAUCAAAUUCCUCGUCAGAUCCCUGAGCAGUCAUUCUACACAAAGCCAUUGCCUGGCAUAAUCAUGGGAGGGAUUCUGCCUUUUGGAUGUAUCUUUAUACAGUUGUUCUUCAUUCUCAAUAGUAUUUGGUCCCACCAGAUGUAUUAUAUGUUUGGCUUCUUGUUUCUGGUAUUCAUUAUUUUGGUUAUUACAUGUUCUGAGGCUACAAUAUUGCUCUGCUACUUCCAUCUAUGUGCAGAGGACUAUCACUGGCAGUGGCGUUCAUUUCUCACUAGUGGUUUCACUGCAGUUUAUUUCCUAAUAUAUGCAAUACAUUAUUUUUUUUCUAAACUGCAAAUCACAGGAACAGCCAGCACCAUUUUGUAUUUCGGUUAUACUAUGAUCAUGGUUUUGAUCUUCUUCCUUUUCACAGGGACAAUUGGGUUCUUUGCAUGCUUUUGGUUUGUAACCAAAAUAUACAGCGUAGUCAAAGUCGACUGAAGAAAUCAGUGUAAGGAAUUAACACAGAAGAGGUUUAAUCUUCAUUAAUGUAACUUAAAGACCUGGUCCCGUUGAUGAACUUGAGCUUUAUCAGAAGUAUUGGCUUCCUGUUCUUUGAGAAUGAUAUUGAGUAUGCGUCUACUUUUCCACUAACACGUUUGUAUUGUGACUUAACAACCUGUUUCCAUUCAAAUCUUAAUGAAGAGGAGAGCAACGAUAUUUAUGCGUUUGUAAAUACAACUAUACUUUAAAAGAAAUGUUAAAUUCUAAUGGCAGAGUAGCAGUGGCUGUGUCACACAAUUUAAUGAUACUUCUGAUCAAAGUACAACUGUAAAUAGAUUUUUCUAGCCUGGUAGGUGGGAUGAUUUAUUUUUCUUUGAGGGAAAUGAGAACUUUUUAUUAUGCUAACUUUGAAGGAUGACUCUUAAGAAGUGUUGCUUUUAGUUUGGAUGCGAUUUUUAUUUUUUACUGGUGUUACGUCCAUAAAUAUUCUGAUUUCUGUGACUUCAUUAGUUCUGGUGUUCUUGGCCUUUAAACUAUGUGCCUCUGAGUCCUUGAAUUUAUAAAUUCAUAAUCCAA